AUGGAAACAGCAACCCUAGUCGCCAUCUCUAUAUCUGGUUUACUUGUAAGUUUUACUGGGUACGCCUUAUAUACUGCUUUUGGGCAACCCUCUCAACAACUAAGGGAUCCAUUCGAAGAACACGGGGACUAG